CCCGGCAGCUUACAAACCCUCUUAAACCCAAAAAAGGAUCCCAUCGUUCGACAUUCCGGCUUCGUUUCUUAACUCUUUUGCCAUUUUUUCUCCCCACGGUGCUGCAACCUCAACCUGCAAUACACACAGCAACGAUUAACCAACGAUAUAAUCCCGACUUUAAUAUAUCCUGCUUCCCCUCCGCCUGGCGCCGAGGCUUACGCGAACCAUCCUAUCUUUUAACAACUCCUUUAUCCGACGAGAAUCGCCAAAGAACAAUCUAAUAUCAUGCCAGCCAUUGUAUAGAAAAUUUGCGAAGCGUAUAAUAGACGGACCAGCGACGCAGCCCACGCCUUUGUCAACCCCUAUCCGAAUAUUAUCAAAUUACGCUAGUCAAAUAUGGCUCCGGAAUAUAUUAAAGUCCCCACGAGGGACUCUACUCGAUCUUCUCUGCUAAGUCCAGUACCUCGAUGGGCUACCACAACUUUGAGAGUUGGCGGCAUGACAUGUGGCGCUUGUACUUCGGCGGUUGAAGCGGGCUUCAAAGACGUCGACGGGGUUGGUAGCGUGUCGGUUAGUCUGGUGAUGGAGCGUGCGGUAGUAAUGCAUGAUCCCCAACGAGUUCCCUCCGAGACCAUACAGGAAAUAAUCGAAGAUCGCGGGUUCGAAGCCGAGGUUUUGUCAACUGAUCUACCGACCCCAUUACAAACCCCGAUAUUCAACACGAAAGAGGGCAACGAUGACCCGGCAACGACUGUUACCACGAUCGCUAUCGAGGGUAUGACUUGCGGAGCGUGCACUUCUGCAGUCGAGGGUGGAUUCGCAGAUGUAACAGGGGUAAAACAUUUUAGCAUUUCGCUACUCUCGGAAAGGGCUGUUAUAGAACACGAUGCUACUCUCCUUCCUACCGAUAAAAUCAUAGAGAUUAUCGAAGAUCGAGGAUUCGGCGCGACCCUGGUAUCGAGCGAAGAAUCGAAGCCGUCGCAGGCGGGAUUGACGAACAUCGAAACAUCGACACUAGCUACGACUACAGUUGCGAUUGAGGGCAUGACAUGUGGCGCUUGUACCUCUGCCGUUGAGAGUGGUUUCGCCGGUGUUGAGGGUGUGUUACGGUUCAACAUCAGUUUAUUGGCGGAACGCGCCGUUAUCACGCACGACAUGACGAAAUUGUCGCCGGGGAAGAUCGCGGAGAUCAUCGAGGAUAGGGGAUUUGGCGCCAACGUCCUAUCAACAUUGGCCGAUAUGUCUGAUCACUCCGGGGGUUCUUCGACAGCUCAGUUCAAAAUCUACGGCGAUCCAGAUGCUGCGGCAGCUAAAACCAUCGAGGACACGCUGCUCGCUCUCCCUGGUGUUAGCUCGGCUAAGCUAAGCACCUCUACGUCAAGACUAACCGUGUCCCAUCAGCCGAGCCUUACUGGAUUACGCGCGCUUGUAGAAGAAAUAGAGAAGCUGGGAUUCAACGCUUUAGUUGCUGACAACGAUGACAACAAUGCGCAAUUGGAGUCUCUAGCGAAGACUAGGGAGAUUCAGGAAUGGAGAAGAGCAUUCCAGGUCUCUUUAUCAUUUGCCCUCCCGGUAUUCUUCAUAGGCAUGGUCUUUCCUAUGAUGCUUCCCAUAUUAGAUUUCGGUCGCCUAGAGUUACUCCCCGGCCUUUUCCUCGGCGACGUUAUCUGCUUAGUUUUAACGAUACCCAUACAAUUCGGCAUAGGCAAACGCUUUUACGUUUCAGCUUUCAAGUCCAUCAAGCACAAGUCCCCGACUAUGGACGUUCUGGUCGUCCUGGGCACGUCUGCUGCCUUUUUCUUUAGCGUUUUCGCUAUGAUCAUAUCCCUCUUAUUUCCUCCUCACAAUCGUCCGGGUACUAUCUUCGAUACGAGUACUAUGCUUAUUACCUUCGUUACGCUUGGUCGAUUCUUGGAGAAUCGCGCAAAGGGUCAAACUUCAAGAGCCCUCUCGCGACUCAUGUCUCUAGCUCCGUCGAUGGCUACUAUAUACGCUGAUCCAAUUGCUGCGGAGAAGGCUGCCGAAGGUUGGGAUAUAGCCAAGUCGGGGAAGCCGGAGACACCCACUCAGGACGGUAAUGCAGAAGAAGCGAAGGUCAUUCCUACCGAACUCAUCUCCGUAGGCGAUAUCGUUAUAAUCCGUCCAGGAGAUAAGAUCCCGGCGGAUGGGACUAUUGUACGAGGUGAAACAUAUGUGGACGAGAGUAUGGUUACCGGAGAGGCAAUUCCAGUUCAGAAGAGGAAGGGUAGCAACGUGAUAGGUGGUACCGUCAACGGACACGGUCGAGUGGAUUUCCGCGUGACCAGAGCAGGCCGAGAUACGCAACUAAGUCAAAUUGUCAAGCUCGUUCAGGAUGCGCAAACCACCAGGGCUCCCAUCCAGCGAUUAGCUGAUACACUUGCCGGUUACUUUGUGCCUGCCAUCCUGGUCCUUGGGUUUUUGACAUUUUGCACGUGGAUGAUCCUCAGCCAUGUCCUGACUAACCCACCUAAGAUUUUCUUACAGGCCGAAAGUGGUGGCAAGUUAAUGGUUUGCGUCAAACUUUGCAUAUCCGUUAUUGUAUUUGCUUGCCCGUGUGCUCUCGGUCUAGCUACUCCUACCGCGGUUAUGGUUGGUACGGGAGUUGGCGCAGAGAACGGAAUUUUGGUUAAGGGUGGUGCCGCUUUGGAGGCCACUACAAAGAUUACUCAGGUCGUCCUCGACAAGACUGGAACCCUCACGUACGGCAAGAUGAGUGUUGCGAGCAUCAAGAUGCCCGCUGUAUGGCAGGACAACGAAUGGCGACGACGCCUCUGGUGGAAAAUCGUCGGUCUUGCCGAGAUGGGAAGCGAGCAUCCCGUUGGCAAGGCUAUUCUAGCAGCGGCGCGAAAUGAUCUCGGUUUGGAUGCUGAGGCAGCUAUCGACGGCAGCGUCGGCGAGUUCAAUGCCGUCGUCGGGCGCGGUAUUAGUGCACGUGUCGAACCCGCUAGCGCUGAGCGUACCCGUUACGAAGUCCUUGUUGGAAGUGUUCGUUUCUUACGAGAAAACAAUGUCGACGUGCCAGAAAAUGCAGUAGAAGCAUCGGAAGAAAUCAACUCGAAGGCAAACAAGUCGAAAGCCUCUUCUGCCGGAACGACGAACGUGUUUAUCGCCAUCGAUGGCAAGUAUGCUGGUCAUCUAUGCCUGGCAGACACGAUCAAGGACGGAGCCGCAGCAACAAUCGCUGUUUUACAUCGAAUGGGAAUCAAGACCGCAAUUGUUACUGGUGAUCAACUUUCUACCGCGUUGGCCGUUGCCUCAUCUGUUGGCAUCUCGCAUGACAAUGUGUAUGCCGGCGCGUCUCCGGAUCAGAAGCAGGUUAUCAUCCGGGAAAUCCAAGAUAGGGGUGAACGCGUCGCCAUGGUCGGUGAUGGUAUCAACGAUUCUCCCGCGUUGGCCACCACCGACGUUGGUAUCGCUAUGUCUAGCGGUACCGAUGUCGCCAUGGAAGCUGCAGAUGUUGUUCUCAUGCGACCCAACGACCUUAUGGAUAUCCCCGCUGCUCUCCACCUUGCCCGGACCAUUUUCUUACGAAUCAAGCUCAAUCUCACCUGGGCAUGCAUGUACAACGUGGUCGGAUUACCUUUUGCGAUGGGUCUUUUCCUUCCCAUAGGUUGGCAUCUGCACCCUAUGGCUGCGGGUGCCGCUAUGGCUUGCAGUAGUGUCAGUGUUGUGGUUAGUUCGCUACUCCUAAACUUCUGGAAGCGACCUCAGUGGAUGGAGGAUGCGCUGAUAGCCGAGAAGAGUGGGCUUAAGAAGCGCGGCCGUGGCUGGGGCUUUGAUGGUAUUAUCAUUAAAGCCCAGGAUCUUGCAGGUGCGGUAUUGGGUAGGAGAUCGAGGAAAGACGAAGGAUAUGUACCAUUGGACACGUUGGAUCAUACCGAGGCAUAAUGGCCUCUUUGCAUAUGGCGCUAAAAUACCCUUUAGGUUUCCUUUUCUUUUUUUUUUCUUUUCUUUUUUCUAAGUUGCAAUUGGUUACCAAACGCACCCAUUGCAUCACGGAGUCGAGGAGUCGAGGAGCGUUCUCUCUCUAUACAUACACAAUUACUGUCCCGCAGUAUUAUUCCCCCCCAUGUUUAGAAAUUAGGAUAUUUGAACAAUGAAUUUCUCAGAGCCGGAAUUGUGCUCGAGCUAGCAUUAGACGGCGCCUAUGCUUAACGAUUUUAGCUAUGCCGGAUAGGUAUUAGUCCAUGAAAAAAGAUCUCGUA